CCCCAACAGGCCUAAAGGCUCUAGGUCUGUGCGCAUGCGCCAGAGGGCCUGCCUGCCGGGGAGAGGUAGCGCCCUCCUGUGGCGGAUGCGCCGCUCGCUCUUACGCUGCCGCGACGUUGCAUUCUGCGCAUGAGUAACGCUCGCCACGCCCUCUCCCUGUAGCUCGGCGGGGAGAACCCGGAUGUGCAGGCUAAGCGCGGGGGUCCGGCGCGCAGGCGCGGUGCGGUUCUUGGCUCGGGCUGCCGGUCGCUGACAGCUCGGCGGGCGCAGGAGAAGGGGCGGCCGCGGGGGGCCUCGGCACCCACCCCCGGCGGGACGGGGCGGCGAUGUCGGCGGAGGCCACGGCAGCCCCGGGCCCCGAGGCCUGCGCCCCCGCGCCGCCCGCGCAGCCCCCCGCCCCGGCCGCGCCGCCCGCGGGCGCCACCUUCGACCUCAAGCCCCUGAACCCCAGCAGCAAGUACGUGAAGCUGAACGUGGGCGGGUCGCUGCACUACACCACGCUGCAGACCCUGGGCAAGCAGGACACCAUGCUCAAGGCCAUGUUCAGCGGCCGCAUGGAGGUGCUCACCGACAGCGAGGGCUGGAUCCUGAUCGAUCGGAACGGGCGCCACUUCGGCACGAUCCUGAACUACCUGAGGGACGGGGCGGUGCCGCUGCCUGCGUCGCAGCGGGAGCUGGAGGAGGUGCUGUGCGAGGCGCGCUACUACCUCAUCCAGGGGCUGGUGGAGGACUGCCAGCUGGCCCUGCAGAACAAGAGCGAGGCCUACGACCCCCUGUGCCUGAUCCCCAUGGUGACGUCCCCCAAGGAGGAGCAGCAGAUCAUCUCCAGCUGCUCCAAGCCGGUGGUGAAAUUGCUGCAUAACCGGAGCAACAACAAGUAUUCGUACACCAGCAACUCGGACGACAACCUGCUGAAGAACAUCGAGCUGUUUGACAAGCUGGCGCUGCGCUUCAACGGGCGCGUGCUCUUCGUCAAGGACGUGCUGGGCGACGAGAUCUGCUGCUGGUCCUUCUACGGGCAGGGCCGCAAGAUCGCCGAGGUCUGCUGUACCUCCAUCGUCUAUGCCACCGAAAAGAAGCAGACCAAGGUGGAGUUCCCCGAGGCGCGGAUCUUCGAGGAAACCCUGAACAUCCUGAUCUACGAGACGCCGCGGGUGCCCGACAAGGCGCUGCUGGAGGCCACGGGCGGCGCGGCCGGUGGGGGCGGGGCGGCCCGUGCCGAGGACGAGGACGGGCGCGAGCACCGGGUGCGGCGUAUCCACGUGCGGCGCCACAUCACUCACGACGAGCGUUCCCACGGCCACCAGGCUGUCUUCAAGGACUGACCUCCUGGCUGCCCCCACCCUUGGUAACCUGCUCCUGACCCUUGACCUCUGCUGCCCACUGCCCCGGUGUCCGGCCGGGAGUGGGCCGGGGGGUUCUGUGUCCGCUAAUGAGCUCACGGCCCAACGCCCCCCGCACUGCAGGCCAGGCUGGGACGCCCCCUCCCAUUUACAGGAGGGGCGUGGGCUGUGUAUGGGGGGGCUCCAAAGCACCCUGCCUCUUACAACAUGGUAUGUUCUACUUCCUCCCCCCAAAAAACACUAUAGUACAGCCGCAGUUGCCCUUCUGUUUUCCCUGCUCCUUGAAACGGAACAUGGUAUGUUCCACUUACCCCCCCCAAAAAAACACUAUGGUACGGCCCCAGCCACCCCUGUCCCUCACUCCUGGCUGGGUGGUAUAACCCCACUGCCCCCCUUUGGAGUCAUGUGGUAUGCUCCAGUGUGUCUGCCCUGCCCCCAAACUGGAUGGGAAACCCCAAACUCCCCCCCCCCCUUUCUAAAACAGAGCAGAGGGAUCCUAAAAUCUGACCCACCCCGCCCCCUGCACUGCCGCUCUCCAUUCCCCUCUUUUUUGUAUAAUUUAUUUGUAACAAUUUUGGGGGUUUUGGUUUUUGCUUUGUCUCACUUCCCUUUUUUUUUUAAUUUCCCGUUGGUUUCCAGUUUCAUUUUCUAUUAAAUUAUUGGAAUAAAGAACUGUGGGAAA